UUACUAUUAAUCUAAAAAAAUCCGAAUAACUUUGUUUAUGUAUUUUAAUUAUUGAAUAUUUAAUAAAAUAAUGAUAUUAAAAAUAUUAUAAAAUAUAAGUCGUAGAAAUUUAAUAUUUUCUAUUUUAAUAAUCGUUUAUCUUAAGUUUUCAAGUGAAUGCUUAUAUUCGCUUAUAUCGAGAAGCUUGUAAUCGGUACGUUUUUAUAAAAUAAUGCGAAAAAAUAAUAAUGUUAUUUUCUCUUGUUUGUUAAGUUUGUUUAUUUUACUUUAUAUGUUUAUUUACGUAAAGUGUAAUAAAACACCUUCAAAUGAAGAAUUGAAAGCUCAAAAGUUUCCAUUAUGCGCUGCUUGUAAAAUUUUAAUAAAUAGUUUUAAAAAGGGUAUAGAAAGAACAAGUCGUGAAAAAUUUGAUGGUGGUGAUAGUGCUUGGGAAGAAAAUAAAUUAGGUUCAUAUUCAAAAAGUGAAACUAGAUUAAUAGAAAUACAAGAACAUUUAUGUAAAGAAGUAGAACGUGGUGAAACUCAAUGUCAUGUUUUAGCUGAAGAAUUAGAGAGUAAAAUUGAAGAUUGGUGGUUUAAUCAUCAACAAAUUUAUCCAGAUAUUUAUGAUUAUAUUUGUAUUCAACAGACAAAACGUUGUUGUCCAAAAGAUCAUUUUGGUCCACAAUGUACACCGUGUCCAGGUUUUCCAGAUAGAAUUUGUAACAAUAAUGGUAAAUGUAAAGGAGCAGGUACUAGGAAAGGAAAUGGUGGAUGUUUCUGUGAUAAAGGCUAUGAAGGAGAUAAUUGUUCUAAAUGUGCAAAUGGAUUUUAUGAAUCUUACAAAGAUGAAAAUAAAUUACUUUGUUCUCAUUGUCAUGCUGCUUGUGAUGGAUCUUGUAAAGGACCAGGACCAAAAAAUUGUGAAAAAUGUACAAAAGGAUGGUAUAUAUUAGAUGGACAAGGUUGUUUUGAUAUUGAUGAAUGCAUAAAAAAUAAUGAAUAUUGUUCUAAAAAUCAAUUUUGUAUUAAUAAGGAAGGAGGAUAUACAUGUUUAAAUUGUGAUAAAAGCUGCAAUGGUUGUACAGGUGAUGGACCAGAUAUGUGUAUAAAAUGUGCAGAAGGAUACCAUAAAAAGGAUAAUUUAUGUAUUAAUUCUGAUCUUUUGGGCCGAAAACAACAAGAAAAUAUUGCACGAUAUGCAACAUAUUUUGGACUUUGUAUAGCUACAUAUAUUAUUUUUCAACGGAAUAUUUAUAUAGCAAGUAUAAUUGGCUUAUUAGUUGGUAUAUACAUAUCAGCAUCAGAAUAUAUAAUAGCUCAUAGUAAUAUACAAGAUACAACUGCGAAUAUGGACAUUUUAGGAGCAAUGUAAAAAAUAAAGAUUUUUCUUUAAUAAAUUGAUUUAAUUAUUAAAAAGUAUA